CAUACCGCGGUACUGUAGUGUAGUAUUUAUGCAUACCACGGCCGCGCCGGGCUCUUCCGCUGCCCUUUGCUCUGAUCUUGGUGUCUCUGCCUCCCCAAACCACGCUCCCAGGUUAGCACGGCGGCAGCUGCUCCGCCACCGUUACCACUACCAUGGACGCGAUAGAGAAAGCAGAGGUCCGGCGGGAUGAGGGGACGGCCUUGAGGACGGCAGCGGCAACGGCACCAGGGACGACGACAACCAUGACCAUGGACCCGGCCCGCCGUGCCCAGGUCGAGAAGAGCCUGAAGCGCAAGCUCGACGCGCGCUGCUCCCUCUUCAUCCUCCUCUACAUCAUGAACUACCUCGACCGCAACAACAUCGCCUCGGCCCGCCUUAAGGGCCUGCAGAGCGACCUCAACCUGACGUACAACCAAUACGCCACCUGCCUCAGCAUCCUGUACGUCGGCUACAUCCUGAUGCAGGUGCCCUCCAACAUGAUCAUCAACCGCGUGUCGCGCCCGUCCAUCUACAUCGGUUGCUCCAUGAUGCUCUGGGGCCUGGUGUCGACCCUCUCGGGCGUCGUCACCGGCUUCGGCGGCAUGGUCGCCAUCCGCUUCUUCCUCGGCUUCGUCGAGGCCGCCUUCCUGCCCGGCGCCCUGCUCAUCCUGUCCAAGUGGUACACGCGCCGCGAGCUGACCACCCGGAACGCGCUCCUGUUCUGCGGCAACCUCAUCUCCAACGCCUUCUCGGCCCUGGUCGGCGCCGGCGUGCUGUCCAACAUGCAGGGCGUCCUGGGCCACGCCGCCUGGCGCUGGCUGUUCUUCAUCGAGGGCGCGGCGACCAUGUUCAUUGCCAUCCUGGCCGCCUUCAUCCUGCCCGACCUGCCCCACAACUCGCGCGGUUUCACCGAGGAGGAGCGCUACGUCGCGCAGCUGCGCAUGACCGAGGACGUCGGCCUGGAGGACAGCGACGAGCCCAGCCAGACCCUCUUUACCGGCCUGAUCAUGACUCUCAAGGACGCCAAGGUGUACCUGAUGAUGCUCACGCUUACCGCAUACGUCGUCGGGCUGUCGUUCAACGCGUUUUUCCCUACGCUCACCGGCACCCUGGGCUUCGACUACGUGCCCACGCUGCUCAUGAGCGCGCCGCCAUGGGUGUUGGCCUGCUUGAUCUCGCUGGCCAACGCGUGGCACUCGGACCGCACCCAAGACAAGUUCUGGCACAUCACCGGCCCGGUCGUGCUUGGCCUCGUCGGCUUCAUCAUCAGCAUGUCGACGCUCAACGUCGCCGCCCGCUACGUCGCCCUGUUUCUCCAAGCCGGCAGCUACGCAGGCUUCAUCGUCUUCUACUCGUGGAUCUCGUCCUCGUUCCCGCGCCCGCCGGCCAAGCGCGCCGUCGCCAUCGCCAUGAUCAACGCCUUCAGCCAGCUCGGCAACGUGGCCGGCUCCUACGUCUGGAACCUGUCCGACAACGGCUACCGCCAGAGCUACGGCGUCGUCACCGCCAUGUUCGGCGUCACCAUCCUCGGCUGCCUCGCCUUCCGCCUCGUGCUCGUGCGCGCGAACCGCCGCCUCGAGGAAGCGGCGGCCGCCGGCGGGGAGGGCGCGGAGCGGGUGGCUGGUGCUGAGCGGGAUGAAUAUCAGCCUGAGGUGAUGAAUAAGGGGUUCAGGUAUUUGGUGUAGUUAGGGUUAGUUUUAGA